UGUGUGCUUUUAGGUUGCCUUUAUACAACAUCCAUUUGUGAUGAUGAAAGAUAAAAGCACUUAUUUAUACUGACUUUGUUAGUUCUAAUCUUUAUUUGAGGAAACUUGUGGCUUUACAGUUCCAGCAGUUGAUCCUCUCCCCCCCAGGAUUAAUUUAAGACUGAUCAAGUCUGUUUUCUCAGACUGGAAAGGCUGCAUGCUGUGGACCACAGUCCACUUUACAAGUGAACAUUAGUGUAAACUGUUCAGGUGAAAAAUCGAAGUCAUGAAAAGUCAGGCAGUGGAUGCAGUGCAGUGUGUGUUUGUGUGUGCGUGAGGAGAGAGGCUUGUUCUUGAGAAUAUGAUGUGACAAGCUCAGGGGGGAGAACAGGGGCGGGGGUGGGGAAUAAAGGUUCUGUUAUUGGAUCAAUCUGGCCCUGAAUGCCCCUGCAAAAACACUUACACAGUCUGUAGGCGUCAGCUUGAGCAAUUACCCCAAUGAAGGGAACCGAAAAGGAGGAAGAGGCGCUCGGUUUUUAUUGUGGGCUGGAAUAAAAGGUGCUUUCCUGCUUCCUUCACUUGGUUGUUUUGACAGCUCUGAAUUAAAGAGCGCGCCAGGUAAUUAGUGAUUGAUCCAGAAGAGGGGAAAAAAGGGAAAACUCGCUUUGCUUUUACUCCAUUAACCGCGUCUCUGACGUCACCGCGCGAUUAACGCUUCUGAUUGGUGGAGCGGGCAGAUGGGGGAGUCCUAAUGAGCUCGCCCCAAAGCGCUGGGUUAACAUCUCGGCUGGAUCGUAAACGCGGAGCAGCUCCCAGUCAGAGCCGGGCUCCUUCGCUCCUUUGCUCCUUUGCUCCGCCGCGCCGGUAAACAGACAGCAACGGUGGCCGCGCGGGUUUGAGCGCGCGCGCGCUUCCUGCCCCUCUCUCUGCCGCUCCUCCCGCUUCUCUGUCGACUCCCUGACUUUUUUGACUGCAUGUUCAGCCACACGCUCGCCCUCUGCAUCUUCACUCGGUCCCCGCCGCGUCCCCGGCGAGCAUGGACGGCCGCGUGCUCGAGCAUCCUCACGCCCAGUUCGGAGGCUCCCUGGGCGGGCUGGUGGGCUUCCCGUACCCGCUCGGUGCUCACCACCACCAUCGCCAUCACCAGCACGUUUACGAGCUGGCGGGCGGACACCAGCUGCAGUCCGCCGUCCCCUUCUCUAUAGACGGAUUACUGAACGGCUCCUGCUCGGCGUCUGUGGUCAGCUCCAACCCGCUGCUCAGCUCCGACAGCCAGCAGUUCAAACUCUCAGACUCCGGGGACCCCGAUAAGGACAAUCCCGGAUGCAAGCGGAGACGCACGAGGACGAAUUUCACGGGGUGGCAGCUGGAGGAGCUCGAGAAGGCUUUCAACGAGAGCCACUAUCCAGAUGUGUUCAUGCGGGAGGCGCUGGCUCUCAGGCUGGACCUGGUGGAGUCCAGGGUGCAGGUGUGGUUCCAAAACAGACGGGCUAAAUGGAGGAAAAAGGAAAACACAAAGAAAGGGCCGGGCCGGCCCGCUCACAACUCCCAUCCGACCACGUGCAGCGGCGAGCCCAUGGACCCCGAGGAGAUCGCACAAAGGGAGCGGGAGCGGGCCGAGAAGAAGAAGCGGAAGCAGGAGAGGAAGCUGCUGAAGUCGCAGAACAAACUCCUCUCGGGCGACAGCUUCCACACGCCCGGGGGCUCGGAGAGCGACAGCGGCGUCUCCCAGUUCACCGACAGCGAGCAGCAGCCCUCCAACGGGACCCUCCACAUCGAACUGCCAGCAACAAACGGUGCGGGAGGACACCAAACCGAAACCAGCUGUGACCAAACGCAACACGACUUCAGUCAAAUACAAAGCCACCAAAGAACCGCGGGAGAGGGCGAGCAGGUUUCUCCAGGCAGCACGCACAGCUCCAGUCCUGAAGGCCCGAGGUCCUCUGCUCUGCAGAAACGGAACCCCUUCAGCGUGGAGAGCCUCCUGGCGAACACCAUGCCUCGACGCAAACCUCCGCUGGACUUCCCUUCGCUGCCUAAUCAGAGAGCACUGGUGGGUAAAGGCCACUUUUUGCUUUACCCAAUUACCCAUCAGCCUUUGGGGUUUCUAGUGCCCCAAACAGCCCUGAGAGUCCCGCCCUGUCAGGACAGCCUACACAGACUCGGACAGCGGUGUGCUCCAAACGGAGGGAGCCCCACUCCCUGCGACCUUUCCACCUUUGGCAGCGUCCCUUUAGACUCGGACAGUAUGGAACGUAGCACACAGCAUCACAAAAGAGUGGAGGAGAGGGACAGAGAGGAGUGUGGUGGUGGUGGUGACUGCAGCAGCAGCAGCAGCGUCCCCGCGUCCCCCGCCGCCGCAGCCAGGCUGAGCUGCACGCAGUCCAGCUGCACCAGCGAGGAGAAGACGAGCUCGGAAGUUCAAACGGAGGCAGGGACCGACGGCUGCCAGUCUGCAGAGAGCGACAGGGAGGCGCAAGCCUCUCCAGACCUCUCUGAGCGUCUGGAGCCAAACACAGACUGUCAAGAAAAGCCCGGCACAGAUGGAGAGGAUGUCGAUAUGGACUAACACUUGCAGGGAGCAAACAUAAACAAAGGAGCAGGACUAUAAAGACUAUUCAAACAUUCCCAAAGCUCUGCCGAAACACUCUGAAACAUAUCAGGAAUCAGGAGACUUAAUCCUCAUCUAUUUUUUAAUCAUAAGGUGUGAUCAAUCUUCAUGGCCUCUGCAGGCUUACAGCUUAGGUUUCCACAACCUCUGUUUUUUUUUGUUGGUGAACAGCUUGUAACAAAUAGGCUUCAAUAAAAACACACAACAAAGAUCCUCAGAUAUUGUAAAGAUUAGAAAAUGAUAUUUAUAUGUAAAACCUUUUGAUAAAUAAAGUUAUUGUUUAAAUUGAAUCCCUGUUUUUGUCUUAGAGGAGAAAAGGGAGUAGUUUGGUCACAUUACAGGAGAUAAAUCCCCCCUUUUCCCUCAGUGUAGUGAGCAGAGCCCGGCUCAAGUCCGCCUGGCUGUUUGUAUUUAUUGCUUUAACAAAUUUAUUCAUUUGAAGGGCCGAGCUGGAAUGAGGUUAGUGGCCGCGGGCUGUAGGGCCCUGCGUCUCCUGCUGAGUUUUGAUAUGAAAGUAAUUAUUUUCCCACUGGCUGCCGCGGGUCUGGAGGCAGUUUUUCUCCCCUCACCUCCUCCCCCUCCUCCCCUCCUUUCAGCCCAAAGGGUUAUUAGACAUUACCGAUUUCUGGUGAUACGGAAUCACAUAAACUUCCUACAAUAAUAGAAUUAGCAUGAAAGGCAGGGAUGUCAAAUUGAAAUGGGAAAAUAAUAGCCCGCGCCAGCUGCAGCGGCUGGCGUGCGCGCGUGUGCGUCAGCGCGCGCGGCGCAGACGUCUAUUUGGGGAGGGAGAUGGAGGCAGAUUCGUGGGGCGGAAUUUUCAUGAGCUGCCGCGGCUGUCAGACGGCCCUUGUAGUCGGCUAUAUUAAGAUAGAUGUUCGAUGAUAUCCCUCAUUGUUCUGUCGCUUAUAUUGAUGUUGCUGUGUUAUCGCCCUAUUGAUCAUGUGUCGCACAUAAUAGGACAGGCGCGCACCCGCCUGCCUGCCUGCGCCUGCCUGCGCCUUUCUACAAAAGCGCCCGGGCCCCUCGUCAUUUGUUCUAAUAGGACUGUGAGUCCCUCAGGGGGGGAGACAGAUAAGGAGAAAAAAGGAGGAGAGUGAUGUGCUGGGCGUGCAUUGUUAUGAUUUUGUGUUAUUUUUUUUUUACUUUUUGGGGUUCUGUGCGCGCACCUGCUCAGAAAAAGCGUCGAUUCCCCAA